CAAUCCCAAUAUAUUAAAAUUAAGAAAACAAAAGGGCAAAUGUUCUUAUCCUCCAUUUGUAUUCUUUUUUCCAACAAUCAGAAACUGGCACUGGUAACUAGUAACCCCCUCUAACCGGCUAACCCAGACCUUGAAACUCGAGAAGUUUGUCGUCAGCAAACAACUGCACCAAAAGAGGAAGAAACUAAUCUUCUUCAAACAAACCCAAAAUUAUAUUCAUAAAAGAAUCUGCGUAGACCCAAAUCAAGAAAAAUCAAAGCGGGAAAGUUUUACAAGAAGAGAAAGCAGCAGCAGCAGAAGAAGAAGAAGAUGCUGUUUCAAGUGGGAGGACAAGGGGCUCGUCCCACCUUCUUUGAAAUGGCUGCUGCUCAGCAACUCCCCUCUAGUCUCCGUGGAGCCCUCACUUACUCAAUUGGGGUAUUGGCAUUGAGAAGACCUUUUCUUCAUAAGGUGUUAGACUAUGAAGAUGAAUUCUUUGCUUUGCUGAUGUUGGUUCUUGAGACUCAUAGCUUACGAACUACAGAUGCUUCUUUUUCUGAGUCUCUAUAUGGUUUGCGGAGGAGAGCAGCAAAAAUAAGAACAAAACAGGCUGACAUCCGAUCAAAGUCUAGCGAUGGAAUCCAACACUCUGGUUUAGAAAGGCGUCAAAGAGUUCUUUCAGUUGUAUUUUUGGUUGUGUUGCCGUACUUUAAGUCAAUAUUGCAUUCAAUUUAUAACAAAGAAAGGGAAGCCAGGCUUCAAGCAAGUUUAUGGGGUCCUGGUGAUGGAAGAUUUGAAGAUGUUGACUAUUUUGACGAAGGAGAGGCUUCUAUUGCAUCAAGAACAUCAACAGAAACAGAAGGAUCAAUGAGAACACGGUUGGCAAAGAAUAUUCAGAAAAUUAUAGGCGCAUGCUAUCCAUGGGUUCAUGCUACCACUGAAGGACUAACAUUUAGUUAUCAGCUUUUAUAUCUGCUGGAUGCUACUGGCUUCUAUUCUGUUGGAUUACAUGCACUUGGGAUUCAUGUGUGUCGAGCAACAGGGCAAGAAUUGAUGGAUACUUCUUCUAGAAUUUCCAAAAUUCGAAGUCGUGAACGUGAGAGGCUUCGGGGUCCUCCAUGGUUAAAGGCAGUACAAGGAACAUUGCUUAAAUGUGCAUAUGCAGUGCUGGACUAUGCACAAACUGGUUUAAUUGCUGCAGUAUUCAUCUUUAAAAUGAUGGAAUGGUGGUAUCAAUCUGCUGAGGAGAGAAUGUCAGCUCCAACUGUGUAUCCCCCACCUCCACCUCCGCCACCCCCAAAGGUUGCCAAAGAUGGAAUCCCCUUGCCGCCUGAUAGAACAAUCUGCCCAUUGUGCUCACAGAAGCGUGCAAAUCCAUCAGUAGUUACAGUUUCGGGAUUUGUCUUCUGUUAUGCUUGCAUACACAAGUAUGUUUCUCAGUAUAAGCGCUGCCCAGUCACAUUAAUGCCAGCAGAUGUUGACCAGAUAAGGCGGCUCUUUCAUGAUGUGUAAAAUUCUUGCUGGGUAUUAGGGUGUAAAUUAAUUAAUUUCAUAGGAAGUAUUCAACAGUCAAAUCAUUGUGAAAUUAAAGAUGCCAAAGGGCAACAAGGCCACGACAAGCACACAAAAUAAUGUAGGGAAUUUCUUGUUUUUGUGCUAUUCUGUUGCCAUUAUUUUUGGCGUUUUCAAAAGUUCUGUUAUGAAACAUUUAGAUCAUUUUGAAACUACAGAUAUCCAACCAUGGUCAUUGUUCCCCAUGGAAACACCAUUUGUACACAUCGAAAACUCCAUGUAUAAAAGUCAUUGUUUUAUUAUUCUAAUUCUGUAGUUCCCAUA